UUAAUUUGUGUCAACCAAAACCAGCUCUAAGUGUACCAAUAGACACUCAGAGGGCAGCCCUCCCAUCAUGUAACGUAACGAUGGAGACACACAGGGAAGUCAAAUGUGCCUAGAAAUGUUAUCUAGAAAAGAACUUCAUGAAGACGAAGGCUAAAAGCCAGGAAGGUUAUUUUCAUUUGUUAUAACAAAUAUCUUAAGGAGUGAUCUCAAGAUAUGCUUCAUAUCUAUAGUAACUGAAGUAAAAAUUAUGAAAUAUAGUUGUUGAAAGAGUCCAAGGGGGAAUUACCUUCACAUUAAAUUCAAGAUAACUUGUUGGGUAAUAUUGUAUAACCAGUCCAAAGAAAAUAUGCAUUUGUAGAAAAAAAUGUAUUACAUGAUACACACACACAUAUAAAUUGAAUGGGUGGUUCACUGAUAGGAAACUGGGUAAUUGUCCCUGACAAACAUAUAUUUCUAUGAACAGAUUUACCAGUCGAAGGGAUUCAUCGUAUAGCUCAAGGAAAUUGAGGAACAAAUGUUUUGAUCCUUACAUAAACUUUUCGUCUUCCAGCUCUGGCUUGAAUAAAAAAAUGCUUAUAAAAUUUAACAGGUACCACAGGCACAAAUAAUCCAUUGUGAAGCAUAUAGAAAGACUUUUAUAAUCAAGCUUAACCUUUUAAUCAAUCUUGUAACGGAGCUUCCUGGUGUACAUUUCAAUAAGUCCUACUUUGCUUGCUUUCAUUUGAGCCUCAUAAUGUCAAAUUUCUGGUUUUACUUCUCAGAAUCCCCCAACCUGGACACAGGCUCUGCAAGAUAUGUUGAAUGAUCCAGAUGCUGCCAGAGUUAUAAAGCAAGACAGCAGUGAAAGCAGAGGGGGGUGUCUACAAAUAGAACGAAAACAGAUGAGGAAACCCACCGGAUCCCCAAAUCCCAGGUCUAGGGCUGUCAUGGCGGGUGCGCUGAAGAAGACUACUGGCCUUGUGGGAUUGGCCGUAUGUGAGACUCCACACGAGGGGUUAAGGAUAUUGUAUACAAAGAUUCUUGAUGUUUUUGAGCAAAUCCCUAAAACUGCAGCGUAUAGAAAGCAUACAGAACAGAUUACAAAUGAGAAGCUGGCUAUGGUUAAAGCAGAACCAGAUGUUAAAAAAUUAGAAGACCAACUUCGGGGUGGCCAAAUAGAAGAGGUGAUUCUUCAGGCUGAACAUGAACUAAGUCUGGCAAGAAAAAUGAUGCAGUGGAAGCCAUGGGAGACGUUAGUGGAAGAGGCUCCCGCCAAUCAGUGGAAAUGGCCAAUAUAAUCAUUGUUGAAUGACUUUGGUGGGUUGAUGGGAAAUUGAUGUAAUUAAAUGUUUUAUUUAAAAAAUGUGUCUAAAUUAUGUGACGUUAUCAAAGUGAAAACCUAUUUAAGAGACUCAUUAAAAUUGGUGAUUGUGGUAAU